CGCGUCGUUGUUCGCUUCGCUCGUACUCCGUUGACGACGGUCGCGCGCGCGCAACGUGUUUUUAUUUGUAUUUUGCGUUCCCGAUAAGUUACUCCUUUGGCUCUACCAACAGUCGAACUCGUGUGACUUUCCUCUUGCUUGUAAAUUACAAAAAGUUGUUCCGUUCGAGGCUUUCUGUCUUGUAAGACUUAAAACUGGCUUGUGUGAGAAAUUUGUUUCGGUCUCAGCGCGCCGGUUCUUAGUGGUUGAUAGAGCGUUUAGAUUGUUUUUUAGUGCGACUAAAAGUGAAGUGUUGGACAUACGGAGAAUGUCCGUCGGUGGUCGUGAUUACAGGAGCGACUGAUGCGUUUCAGUCGUCAUGAGACGCCGCUGGUCUAACAACGGAGGAUUCCCGUUGCGUAUGCUCGAGGAGAGCUCAUCUGAAGUUACUUCUUCAUCUGCUCUGGGUCUAUCGGCGGCUAUGGUUAUGUCCCCGGAAUCGCUCGCCUCUCCUGAGUAUGGGCUCGAGCUUUGGGGUUACGACGAUGGAAUUAGCUAUAACGCGACACAAUCCCUGCUGGGCACACAUUGCACAAUGCAGCAGCAGCAACCUCAAACACAGCCGUUGCCUUCUAUGCCGCUACCGAUGCCACCCACGACCCCAAAAUCUGAAAAUGAAUCAAUAUCGUCAGGCAGGGAGGAACUGUCACCGGCAUCGAGCAUAAAUGGCUGCAGCACGGAUGGCGAUGCACGAAGACAGAAGAAAGGUCCGGCGCCGCGGCAGCAGGAGGAGCUGUGCCUCGUCUGCGGCGACAGAGCCUCGGGGUAUCAUUACAAUGCACUCACGUGCGAAGGCUGUAAAGGGUUCUUCCGACGGAGUGUCACCAAAAAUGCAGUUUACAUAUGCAAGUUUGGUCACGCCUGUGAAAUGGAUAUGUAUAUGCGAAGAAAAUGUCAAGAAUGCCGAUUAAAGAAGUGCCUAGCAGUGGGCAUGAGGCCCGAGUGUGUGGUCCCGGAGCCCCAAUGCGCUUUGAAAAGAAAGGAAAAGAAAGCACAGAGAGAAAAGGACAAAUUACCAGUUAGCACAACAACAGUAGACGAUCACAUGCCACCCAUUAUGCAGUGUGAUCCUCCUCCGCCUGAUGCAGCCAGGAUCCUGGAAUGUUUGCAGCACGAAGUGGUCCCGCGGUUCCUAUCUGAGAAACUCCUGGAACAGAACAGGUUGAAGAAUAUUCCGCCUCUUUCGCCCAACCAGCAGUUCUUGAUCGCCAGGCUGGUCUGGUACCAAGAUGGGUACGAGCAGCCUUCGGAGGAGGAUCUCAAAAGAGUCACACAGACUUGGCAACACGGCGAGGAGGAUGACGGGGACACAGACUUGGCCUUCCGUCAGAUCACAGAGAUGACCAUUCUGACCGUGCAGCUCAUAGUGGAGUUCGCUAAGGGUCUACCUGGCUUCGGGAAAAUCUCGCAACCGGAUCAAAUCACUCUGCUAAAGGCGUGCUCGAGUGAAGUGAUGAUGCUGCGCGUCGCCCGACGGUAUGACGCCAGCACGGACAGCAUUUUGUUCGCGAACAACGAGGCGUACACUCGCGACAACUAUCGCAAAGCGGGCAUGAGCUACGUGAUAGAGGAUCUGCUGCACUUCUGUCGCUGCAUGUACGCCCUGUCGCUGGACAACGUGCACUACGCGCUGCUCACGGCCGUCAUCAUAUUCUCGGAUCGGCCUGGGCUGGAGCAACCCAACCUGGUGGAAGAGAUCCAGAGGUACUAUCUGACCACUCUGCGGAUGUACAUCCUAAACCAGCUCAGCGCGUCUCCGCGCUGCUCCGUGCUGUUCGGCAAGAUCCUGUCCAUCCUCUCGGAGGUGCGCACGCUGGGCAUGCAAAACUCCAACAUGUGCAUAUCCCUGAAGCUGAAAAACCGGAAGCUGCCUCCGUUCCUGGAGGAGAUCUGGGACGUGGCGGACGUGACGUCGCAGCCUCCGGCGCUGCUGGAUCAUGCGACCGAGCUCUAGCCCCCAGAGCCGCGGGGGCCCGAGGGGCCGAAGGGGCCGCGGGGGCCGAGGAGAGAGCGCUCACAGACUGGCUAGGUUAAGUGGAGUGACUUUACGUGCUGUUGGACGUUCGGAGUCUAUUGGCGUCGUUCCGCGACCGGACUCGACGCGUUCGUGAGAGUUAUAUCUGAUAUAUAGAGUUCUAUUCGAAAGAGUUGAUAGUUGUGUUUGUUUACCGAAAUUCACCUUUUCGAUUGUAUAUUCGUAUAUUCGCUCGGCGGACUUUGUUGAUCUUAACUGACCGUUUGUUUCUAUAUAGUUUAUGUCCCGCGUUACGUCCCUUCUCCUGCGCCCGUGUCCCGAAUUAUUUUAUUAUCGCUGUGAUUCCUUUAGAGGUCGCGUGUGUCUCGAUGCAGAGGGACCUCGCCCGGGUGACCCCGACGAUAGAUCUCUUCGUGACGUGGCAAAUCGCAGCAGAUCCGACACCGUCGAUCACGUCAUGGAGGCGAUCGAUCGGAAUCUGCUUUUUUUUAAAUGUGGCCAGUUUAAUUUGGAUAUUUCCCGAAAACAUCGGCCACGUCGCGAAGCAAUCUACGAUCGGGUCCUGAAAUUUCCACCGGAAACGUCAGAGUCGAAUAUUAAAUUCGAGCGAAGUCCCUCACCUCUAUACAUAAGUUAGAUAAGGUUUGUGGGUGAUACGUCUUCAAAUUACUUUUCGUCGUUCGCUUACUGCACUUCGGGACGCCGGAACCGCUUCAAAGGAAGGAGCCUAACGCCAAACCGUCGAUUUAACGGGCCGUUUCCUCUUGCGGGUGUUUUCUCGCAUCUAGACGUGACACUCGUCGAAGAGAAAACUUCAAGAAAUCCAGAUCUUGUUAUGAUGUGUUCGUGGCAAAAGUAUGUGCAUUUCACUAGGUGUUUUUGCUGAUCGGGUGAAAAGAGACGAAUUCAUAGAUUAAUCAUUAUUGUGUGCAUUUGCUCACUAUUGCUCGCUAUUUAUUGUUCAUUAUUGUGCGGCAGCUGUUGUGACUGAGAGUGUUCCGUUAAAUUUGACUUUAAAUGUGUUAUCUGAGAUAUCACAUAUCUCGUAAUUGGCAGCUGAUUAGAGUUACUGGAGCGGUAGUCGCAAAUGCACACGAUGCGAGACAAAUACAAUAAUUGAACUGCCAUUUGAACCACACUCGGAAUGCCUUAUUUCACGUUACCUGUACUCUAGUACCUUCAUUGUUGAGAAUGGAUGUCAUAGUAUAUAGAACCUAAUUAGUCGAUCUCAAUUACCCGUGGGCGUGGCUGAGCAAAGUGAGUGUCACCCGCACCAUCCCUAACGCUCGAGUGCCGUCGAGGCAAAUGCAUUUCUAGUAUAUGUACGUGUGAACCGCGUGUCACGAUCGAGCUAGCACCGCGGGCCGCGCGCUAGUCCGCUCGACGACAUCUUUUCGACUCGUAUUUAUAAUUAAGUCGUAGAGGUAGACGACCCAUAGUAGUAAUCGAAGCACAAACGCCACGGAGCGCCUCGGACGGAUCGGGCCUCGGGGCGUAUACGACACACUGCCAUUUUCUGUACGUAUACGUAACACGGUGCGAGCGAGCGGGCGGGCCUUCGCCGUAACUUUCGCUGCGAUCCAUGCCUUAAGACUCGGAGCGAGUCGAGACAACCAAAACUGCCAUCCGGUUAGCGGUCGACGGACUCCGUCGGUGCGCAGCCGGUCGUGUUUGAUACGUAUUAUUCGAUUUCGAAAUUGUAAUAGAUUUAUUAAGUGUAAAUCUCGUCGGAGAUUAGUACCGUAAUGUUAUUUGUGUCUUAGCCGUUAACGAAAGCCGAGUUAGAAUCGCCGAGGGUCGUCGAAGACGGCACCGGAGCGCCGAGAGGGGCUCGGGACGAACGGGACGGGUGGGACGGGCCUUCGACGUGGAGUAUUUGAUUUACGAAUCGGGAGCGAGGGUCUCGACCGCGUGUCCAUUUUUACUGUAUAUAGGUACCUCUAGAUUUUAUGGUCGUAUGUUUGACAUAUGUUUAAUUUUAUUCAUCUAUUAAAGUACAGAUGGCUGUUGUUAUUUUUAUAUUAUUUGGGUAGAAUAUAUUUUUUGUAAAUGACCUCUGUAUUUAUCUUUUGUAAGCUUUGUGAGGAGUAGAAGAGUAUUUUGACCGGCGGACGAUUUCUUCGUUCCGACAGAUGUUUCUCGAUGCUUUUUUACUUCAGAGUGCAAUAUGUACAAACGAUUACGUAGAAAUACGAUGUACAGUCAAGUUUAGUUUUAAAGGCGCAAUUCGAUCGCUCUCGGGUUCGUCGUACACUGGAAGCAUAAUAGGCCCAUCACACUUUACGUGUUUUCUUAUACUUAAGCGAUUAAUUUUACAUAGUCGGACUAGGUGAUCUUCGUAUUUAAAUUUGCUAAUUUUUGUAGCAGAUUAGACUCGUCCACUCGACGAGACGAGUGAUGUACAUUUCGAAUUGAUUUCAAGUGAUUAAGUUAAUAUUUUAGAAACGAAUUUUUCUUAUUGAUAAUUCCAACUGGCAGCCUCGCGGCCAGAUCGCUGAUACCAGUGUGAUCGUGCAAUGUCCAUUAGAGAAAUAACAAUAUUGAAGUGUUGACUCCUCGCACUCUCGCUCAGCCUCUGGCGGUCGCGUCGGAAGUCUCCGGGAGGCUGAGACGAGAGAUGAGAGGAUCCCAUUCCGUGUUCUUGCACAUUGUUUCGUUUUCUUUGUAACUUUUAUUUCAUCCUAACACUACGCCUUAGUGAAUCCCCUAUUUUAUAAUUUAACUUCAGUGGUGAGGAGAACUAGUUAUAGGGAACAGAUGUGACGAAUGUGUUGAAGUUUUAGAGAGACAACUUUUAUAAAAGAUACUAUCUACAAAACAAAUGAUUAAAAGGUGUACAAAACGAGGAAAUUUGUAUGAAACAUUGUUAUGCGAAUAAACUUACACCUCAACAUAAAAUA